AUGAGAAUUGUUGGUAUUCCCAGAACUGGUGCUGGUAUGGGUAUUUUACCAAAGAGCCCUGUAAAGCCUUUCCAGAAUUAUGCUGUAAUAAGACCUUUAAGUAAACUAAUGAUACAACAACCCAGGACUAAUGUUCCUUUAUCGAUUCAUAAUAGAGAUACCAUAAAGCUAGGAUUAAUAAGAGAUGUGAAGAGAACUAAUUGGAUAAAUACCAGAGGUCCAUUGAUUUUAAGGAAUAAUUUCCAUCAGGGGAGACCUCUAAGCAAUAUGUUUAAUGAUUUUGGUAAACCACCAAAGUUCAGAGUAUUUGUAGUGCCCAAUUUGAUUAUUUUAGCUGGGAUGACUCUAACUUUUGCAUUGUUUUUGAUGGUGAUACCGAUAUUAUUCAGUUUCUUCUUCCCUCUUUUAAUACUAUUCAUAGGAUUUCAUCAAUUUAAGAGAUGGAGAGCAAACAGAAUGAUAAACAAAUGGUUUGAUGGAUUGAAGAAUUCUCAUUUGAGAACUAGGAUGUCCACUAUGUAUGCUAUUCAUACGAAAAAUCUAGAAGAAAUGUUACAUAAUGAAGCAAAACAGUUUGGAAGUUAUGGUGGAAUAUUUAAUGAAACUUUAAAUGCUAUGAAAAUGAACCCAAUGUACAAGAACAGCAUUGAAUUCAAUGAAAGUGGUGAGAAACUAAGAAAUUUUAUAGAGUACAGGGUUAUUGAGGCCAUAUAUAAAAAUGAAGAAGGGAUAAGAACAACAUUAUUUCAUAACUAUGAGAAGGCUUUAGAUCCAAAUAUUGACAAACCUUUUAGACUUGAUUUUAAUAAUGUCAACUCUUUCCAAAGAUUUGAAAAAGAUGGAAGUUUAAUUUCCAGUGUUACAUAUCCAUUAUACACUAAUUUAAAAGAUAAACCAGCUGUGGUAGUAGGUUAUGUUUCUAUUGUGACCAUGAAUGAUCAUCCACUAAGAAUCAAUUUAGGUUCAGGUGAUAUCCCUAAGGUUGAUUUAAGUAAAAAAUUAAAAUUCAUUAUAUCUAUUAGAUCCCCUAGUGAAAUGAUACCUAACUAUUUCAUAAUUGAUACCGUUGGUGAAACUGGUAAAAUAUUUUCACAUUAUAGUGUGGGUAAAACAACGGAUGGUCAUAACGAAUAUACAUUGAAUAAAUGA